AUUUUUCCAUUGCAUUCCUGAUUCCCCCGCUCUCUCACAUCAAGCUCCCACUCAGGGAGUCUCAUGGCAGCUGUUUCUAAAUUCUAAGCGACGAAGUCUGAAGGAUUAUUGGUGCAUUCAAAGUUUACGAGCCUGAUUUAUAAAAAUCUGCUAAGAUGAGCAAGCAGACAAAAGCUAAAGUUGCCAGUGCCUUUCGAGCUAUGAAGGAUCUGGGAAUCUCUGAUACUCUGGUGAAACCAGUUUUGAAGAAUUUGUUAAAAUUGUAUGACAAAAAUUGGGAGCUUAUUGAAGAGGAGAAUUAUAGGGCGCUUGCUGAUGCUAUAUUUGAGAGACAAGAAGCGGAAGCAAACGAGCAAUCAAAGAAGACUGCAGACAGGGAAGCUGCUGAGCGUUCCAAGAGGACAAGGAAUGCUGAAAAAAGGUUGGAGGAACAAGCUCAGGCAGCUGAAGAAUCACCACAGCCUUUGAAAAGGGUGCGACUCAGAUACCAAGAUGAUCAAAGCACUUCCUGUGUUGCAGCUAUUGAUACUAGUCCUAUGAUGCCCCUGGUCAUCCCUAAAGACGAACCAACUGAAAGCGAAAGGCCUGAUCCUCAGUUACUUAGAAAAGUAAAAGGAAAGCAGCCUAUUUCUUCUGAGUCCUUGGUUGCCCGUGAGGUAUGUGACCCCUGCCAGCCUAAUUGCACCACGAGUCCUCAUGCUCUGAAGAUCAGAGAUGGGGAAAGGCAAUCCAUCUCUCCUCAAACUGCAACUGUGGAAAAGAGUUCACUGCCUCAUAGUUCUCCUCGGGCCACUUGUAAUAAAGAGUGGAAGGUCAUACGUGGUAGGGUUCCGGCUCCCAAACAGAAGCGUGCUUCAAGUUUUCCUUUAGUUAUUCCUAAAGAAGAGCCUGUUACUGAUGACAUGCCACAACUUGUGCUUCCUCUUGCUGUGAUUGAUCCAGGGCCAUAUGUUGAAGGAGAUUCAUCUGUGAAUGGUACAAUUAGAGAACCGUCUUGUCUUGAACCCUCAGCUUCACCAUCCAGAGAUGAAAAAGAAAGAAAUGAAGGAACCGGCAUUCCAAAUGAAGCGAGAACAAAUGGUGAGCUUGAACUGGUGCCAAAUCAGUUAGCUUCUAACCUAGAGAUUGCUUCCUCGCCUCUUGGAGAGGUGAAAAUUUCCUUGAGCUGCAACUUGGCUCUUGUAAGGCCUGAUUUCGACAUGCCUAGUCUUGAAACAGUUAUACAAUUGGUGGAGGAUAAAUGUCUCCAAUCAUACAAAACUUUGGACCCAAACAUUUCCGUGAUGAAUAUUAUGAAAGAAAUUUGUCAGUGUUUUCUAAAUUUAAGAUCAGAUCAGAAUCGUCUGGAUUCUUCAACCCUAGACGUGCAUCCAACAACCAUUGACUUACCAACGAAAUCUUCUGCUACGGAUGAUCUUGGCGACGGGGGACUGCAGUUAUGUUCUUUAACUGGAGUAAAUGAUCCCCAGUCUAAUACUGAAUUACCUGUACCUACAACACCACUGGUUACUUCUUGCAAUGGCACAGAUGAUGGCUGUCAGUUGGAGAAGAGGGGUGAUGGGGAUGACAACGGAACCCAUACUGAGGACAAAGAGCAUUAUGUAGAAGAAACAAAUGAUCUGAGCUUGGUGGUUGUUGAUCAGACAGUAACUCCUGAAAAUUUCAAGCCUGUGCAUGAUCUUUUUGACGUAACAAAGGGACAAGAAAAAGUCAUUGUUUCACUGGUGAAUGAAGUAAAUAGUGAGUCCCCGCCAUCCUUCUACUACAUACCUGAAAAUGUGGUCUUCCAAAAUGCUUCUGUUAAUAUCUCCUUGGCCCACAUUGGAGAUAGCAGUUGUUCUGCUUGCUCUGGGAAUUGCUUGUCAUCAUCUGCACCUUGUGCAUGUGCACAUUUAGUUGGAGGUGAGUUUGCAUAUACUACAGAUGGUCUGGUUAAGGAAGUACUUCUUAAAGAGUGUAUUUCCAUGAAACGUGAUCUGAAGAAACCCAACCAGUUUUUCUGUAAGGAAUGUCCUGUGGAAAAGUCAAAGAGUGAUGAUAUCCCUGAACCGUGCAAAGGUCAUCUGGUGAGGAAGUUCAUCAAAGAAUGCUGGUUGAGAUGUGGCUGCAGUAAACAAUGUGGCAAUCGUGUGGUGCAGAGAGGAAUAACUCGCAAUUUGCAGGUGUUUAUGACCCUGGAAGGAAAAGGGUGGGGUCUGCGUACUCUAGAGGACCUGCCAGAAGGUGCUUUUGUUUGUGAGUUUAUUGGAGAAGUUUUAACAAAUACAGAGUUCUUUGGUCGCAUUUUGAGGAGUGCUAAACCGGACAAAUAUCCAUAUCCUGUGGUUCUGGAUGCUGAUUGGGGUGCUGAAGGAUCACUGAAAGAUGAAGAAGCGCUUUGUUUAGAUGCUUCAAAUUAUGGAAAUGUUGCAAGAUUUAUUAACCACAGAUGUUAUGAUUCAAAUUUAGUGGAGAUACCAGUGAAAGUGGAGACUGCUGAUCACCACUACUAUCGUCUCGGUCUCUUCACCGCAAGAAAGAUAAAGGCCAUGGAAGAACUCACUUGGGAUUAUGGCAUUGAUUUUGACGACCAUGAUCACCCUAUUAAGGCGUUUCACUGUCAAUGUGGUAGCAAGUUCUGUCGCAACAUUAGACGGUCAAGAACUAGAGGUUCAAGAAUAUGACUAGUUGGCUUUGCCCUAAUUCCAACUGACAGAAACAGUUUAUCUCGUUUAAGGGAUUUUUGUGAAUGCCAUUUUUUUUGGCUUGUGCUUUCAUGUAAAUCCCCUCCUUGGAUUAUUCGAGGGAAUUGAUACUUUAUGUAAGAAAAACCUUGCUUAUUUUGUUCAAGAGACCAGUCUUGGAGGCUUAUUUUAA